AUGCGAGCUGAAUCCCCCUUCCAGAGCCUCACCCAGCUCUGCUGCAUCAGUUUGGAGAAGCCUGGGCUUGUUGCCUUACACCCCGCCUUCCCGUCCUCUUCCCCCCCCCCCCUCCCCGUGGCCCGGAAGCACCUCGCGGCCACUUCCGGCCAGCUCAGCGGGACCAUGUCGGGCUCGGCGGCAGCGGGCUCGGUGGGGUCAGUGGUGCGGCGGUUCCUGGCCGAGUACGGCAGCGGCACGCCCAGCCGCCUCAAGGUGCUGGACGCCUACCUGCUGUACGUGCUGCUCACGGGAGCGCUGCAGUUCGGCUACUGCCUCGGCGUCGGCACCUUCCCCUUCAACUCCUUCCUCAGCGGCUUCAUCUCCGCCGUCGGCAGCUUCAUUCUGGGCGUUUGCCUCCGGAUCCAGAUCAACCCCCAAAACAAAGGCGAAUUCCAAGGCAUUUCACCAGAGCGGGCGUUUGCUGAUUUCCUCUUUGCUAACACCAUCCUGCAUCUUGUAGUCAUUAAUUUUGUUGGCUGAGCUCUGGAAGAGACUGUGAGGUCUGGAAUUCCUUUUGAGCUCUGAUGCCAGCGCCUGGCACUAGGAGGUGCUGUUCUUCAGCAGAUUCUGUCCUGCUUCCUUGGUGGAGGAUGGGAAAGCAGAGCUCAAGAUCUUUCCCCACAGACUGUCUCAUGGAGGUGUCUGCUGCCACAUUGCCGUUACUGUGAUCCUUUUUGCCAAUAAAUCCCUUUCUAACA